AUGUCUCAAUCAACUCCCCAAGUACUAUGCAUUCCAAGAUCAGAUGAUACCGGAAGAUAUGUGCUUCUCAACGUUUCUCGCCCAAAGGACUCCCUGUUCGAUCUAGAUGUCAUUGCCACCGAAGGGGAAAGCCCAUAUACGGGCACUGUAAGGCAGAAACGCCUAAAAGACCUCCGCGCAAAAAAUUACCACGGGAGCGACGAUGAAUGGAUCAAAAUCAUGUCGUACGUUUUUGGUCAGGAACAAUGCAACGCAGGGCAGGGCUUGUUAUCCGGGAUUGAAUCAUCGGCCAGCAUCGUUGGGUCUGAUGAUGAGGACAAAGAGAUGAUCAUCACGAUACGAAAACGCGUGCAGUCUAUAACUCAAAGGCUUGGUUCUCUGGCCCUUAAGCAAAACGAUGAACAAGCCAUUGAGCUUUUCGAUUGGUCUGGUGUAGCCGUUUCGAGAGCGCAGCAUCUCGAGCUGCAGCUAUCUACCUUGACUGACCGUUACCAAGCCGCGGAGACCACGAUCGAUGAGCUCACUAAACAGCUACAAGACUUCGUUCAAACCAAAAACCAACACGAGGAGCAACUGAUGGGGAAUUUUGCCCAGCUCUUGAAUGAGAAGAAGCUCAAAAUUCGUAACCAACAACGAUUGUUAUCAUCCGCCAAAGUAGACCCAGAGAAAUUGUCUAACCUUGAAACGACACUGGCGGAUGGGUCUCCCAUACAGCAGAGUCAGACUGGGAAGCGCGGUGUCCCUCAGUCCACCGACGACGUAUCCGAGAGCGAAGACGGGUUCGAGAAAAUGCAAAUCGACGAUAGUGGGCUGAAACAGAGCGAGCAACAAAACGAAGAAGCACCGGCUGCACAACAACGCGAUUGGGACGAUGAUUCCACGACCGGCGGGUCUGCUUUAUCGACCACUGAUGCAUCGGAUAAUGAGAAGACAUCAGGCGACAAAGAAGCAGCUUCAGGUGGUCCAGCUAUCAAGAAAGCGCCCCUGGUGCCUCCACCGCGCAGAUCUCUGCCUUUCCAAAAGAGAUCCACAAGCGACACGCCACAGGUGGCCACAAAGGAGGAUGCCGGGGAAGGCACCACCGAAGGAAGUGAUGAUGAUGAGCUGUAAACUUUGGUUUAUGGUGAUUGGCAAAUAGGAUAUCUCUCUUCCAUCCAAUCUAAAUCUUCA